GUGCAAUUCCCUUUUAUUCAUUAUUUUGGCCCCCCAAUUUCUGUUUCAUCCACGUCCAUCGAACCGUCGGACGAUCGUCUCGAGAAUUUCUUUUUUCUCUUUCUCCGGCGACCGCCGGCAAUCCCAUUCUCAGACAGGAUACUGCGCUAAGUAUUGAAAAAUGGAGGACAUGUUGGUAGCGAUUCUGUCGAUGCUUCUGAUUUUAGCAUUAGUUCCACUUUAUCUGUGGAGGCGCCACCAAAAUUAUGAGUCUUCCCGAGAACAUGAAGAUGAAGCUCAGGUUGAGCAGAGGGAAGCUGUAAUAAGAGCCACUGGUACGCGUCGAAUGCGUCGAAGACCAGCUUCUUCAGCUGCUAGCACAUCUUCGGCUGCAGCCACUACAGAUGAACUGGGUGAUGACAGUGAUGAUGAAGCUGCUGGAGAUGGAUAUUAUACUGCAAAAUCAUCAAAGAAAAAGGAAAAGAAACGUCAAGAGCGGGAAUCACAAAGACAGGCUGAAGAAGCUUCUCGGGAAUCGAAACAAACAAAGCAAAGUCGCUAUGACGAAAUCAGAAGGAGAAAAGAGGAGGAGCGUGAAGCUAAAGAGCGUGCACUGGAAGAAGAAGCCAAGGCUCGACAGGCCAAAGAGGAAGAAGCUGCUGCUUUAGAGUUUGAGAAAUGGAAAGGUGAAAUUUCAGUUGAUGCUGAAGGAACAACUGAAAAUGAGAUACAAGAUGGAAGCCAGGGUCUGCUUUUUGAUUUUGUCGAAUACAUUAAGAAACACAAAUGUGUGCCAUUGGAGGAUCUUGCUGCAGAAUUCAAGCUAAGAACUCAGGAGUGUAUCAAUCGGAUCAACUCUCUGGAAGAAAUGGGGCGACUCUCUGGUGUCAUGGAUGAUAGAGGGAAAUACAUAUACAUCUCCCUAGAAGAAAUGAAAGCUGUGGCUGACUAUAUUAGACGUGAAGGUAGGGUCAGUAUCUCACACCUAGCUAGCAAGUCUAAUCAAUUCAUAGACUUGGAACCAAAAGUAGAAUUGGUUGAGGAUAUAGGCAGCAUCGAGGAGGCCACUGUUGCCUUAUCUUAAUGUGAGUACGUCUUCAUGAACUUGUAAAUGGUGGUUAAUAAACUCCGAACUUGAGGAUUCCAAGACACUUCCUGAAAAUUUGCUGCUGAGAAAGCUUUGUCAUUCAUGGUGGAUAACCUCCUGAUUGCGAGUAUAUUGCUGGGGCUACUCCUAUGGAUGUAUAUAAGUAGAUAAUUAGUUUUACUGAAAGGACUUAUUUGGCAAUCUCCUCCCAGGCUGGCAAAGUUUUGAAGAACAAUUUGUCCUAUAGUAGCAAACAAAAAUGUAAUGGAACUAUGUCUACAGUUUUAUAGACCCGGCCCUUUUAGGUGGGUACGAAAUAUGUUGUUUUAUCGCUUACAUUCUGAGACUGCUUUGUCUCUCACUUACUCAUUCAUCAGGUCGAUUAGCUUUGCCUUGCCUGAAAAUCCCCUUAGCUGUCAGUACCAUGUUGAAGGUUUACUGAUAACUCUUAUAGGCAGCAGGACUUAUUCAUCUGGAUUUUGUCCAAUUAGACUACUGUAGAAACCAAAGGCAUUACAUGAAGAGUUCUUAUUUUGCUGAUA